AUCCCGUCCAUUCCUCUCCUUCCCACCUCCCUUUUGACUCUUUGUCUUCGUGAGCCAUAAUCUGUAUAUAUAUAUAUAAAAUAAAAAAAAGGGCAACGCGAUCCGGGUGAAUGAAAGAGCAAAAUCCGUAAACCUACCUAAAUCAGGUAAUCCAAGUAGUAAGUAUGCUACUAGAGGAGGAGGCCUUGACCCGGCCGGCAGUCUUGGCCCCGGCGCUGCUCGUCCUCGCUUAUGCCGUGUACCAACUGUUCCUCCGGCCCUCCGGGCUUCCGGCGGGCCUGCCCAUUCUCGGCGCGAAGCCGGGCGAGUGGUUCCCGCUCGUGCGGGCCCGCUUCCGCAACGUGCGGGACAUGAAGACGGCCAUCCAGCUCGCCUACACCCAGCACCGCCACCAGGCGUGCAUCCUGCCCGUCUUCGGCAGCGGCGACCUCGUGCUGCUGCCCAGCAAGGAGAUCCAGUGGCUCGUCGACCAGCCCGACUCCGAGGUCGACAUCCACCAGGCCAUCGUCGCCUCCCUCCAGCUCGACCACGUCGUCAUGGACAGCCACCUCAUGCACCCCCCCGUCCACCACAAGAUCGUCUCCACCCUGCUCACACGGGAGACCGGCAACCUCGUCCCGGACCUGCUCGACGAGAUCCGCUUCACCGUCGACAAGCUCUGGGGCGUCGACACCAACGCCUACCGCGAGCUGUGCGUCUACGACGUCAUGCGCCCCAUCAUCGGGCAAGUCACCAACCGCGUCUUCGUCGGGCUGCCCCUGUGCCGGGACCAGAACCUCCUCGACGCCGGCAUCGCCUACGCGCAGGCCUUACCCUUCGCCGGCCUCAUCCUCCGCUUCAUCCCGUCCUUCAUCCGCCCCCUCCUCGCGCCCCUCGUCACGCUGGCCUGCCGCCUGCACACCCGCCGCUUCUACCGCAUCAUCACGCCCGAGAUCACGCGGCGCCUGCGCGCCUACGAGGCCAGAGCCGCCGACACCCCCGAAGCCCGAGCCAAGGCCAAGGCCGAGGCCGAGGAGCCCAACGACUUCCUGCAGUGGUCGCUCCGCUACGCCAAGGAGACGCUGGCGGGCACCCCUUACCAAGCCACCGCCGCGGCGCUCGCGGGCCGCGUGCUGCUGCUGAACUUCGCGUCGAUCCACACGUCCUCCUUCACCGUGACGCACGUGCUCCUGGACCUCGCGUGCGCGCAGCCGCGCUCGCGGCAGCGGAGCGUCCUGGACGCGCUGCGCGCCGAGAUCCGCGACGUGCUCGCGGCCCACGGCGGGCGAUGGAACAAGCGCGCGCUCGCCGACAUGCGCAGGCUCGACAGCGUGUUCCGCGAGUCGCAGCGGCUCAACUCGUUCAUCGUCGUCGCGACGGCCCGCGCCGUCGUCGCCAGGGAGGGCGUGCUCACGCCCUCCGGCGUCAGGGUCGCCCCCGGAAACACGCUGUGCGGGCCCGCGUACCCCGUCUUCCACGACGCCGAGGUGUACGCGGAUCCGGAGGAGUUCAAGCCGUUUCGGUUUGCGGAGAUGCGGGCGGAGGAGGACGAUUGCGCCAAUGGGGAUGGGGGAAAGGCAGGCGGCGGCGGCGGCGGUGGCGAAGCGUACGUGAAGAAGGCGCGCCAGGCCUUCGCGACGACGAGCCCGGAGUACGUGGCGUUCGGGCACGGGCGCCACGCGUGUCCCGGGCGCUUCUUCGCGUCCAGCGAGCUGAAGCUCAUGCUCGCGUACCUCAUCAUGCACUACGACUUCGAGCCCCAGCCCAGCAGGCCCGAGAACGUCUGGUUCGGGCUCACGAGGAUACCCCCGAUGCAGGCGACGAUUCGGGUUAAGAGGAGGGAGGGGGUGGAUUUUGGGUUGGUUUAGGGGGGGAGAGGAUAGGUACUAGGUAGAGGGAUACCUGCGUACUUGUUUACCUAGCUACCGAGAUAGUAUACACGCAGCCACGACUCGGAUAGGGGAUAAAUGCUUGUAUGCAAGAUAUCUAGUAGAUACCUAGUACUUACGCACUUGCCUACAUCAACAAUUCCUUCGUUCUGGAAAAUUUAAUUCUCUACUUGACGCAGAAGAAAGGGGUUGGGGAAAUG